UGUUUGCCCAUUUGUCUGUCGGUCCAUCAGCCAACCAUGCUUCAACCACUGCACUGUCUGCUUCUAGCCUCUGCUGUGCUGCUCUGCAACACCGCCCCCACCCCCACGGACAGGCACGGGGGCUCCGAUACAAAGUGUCCUCUGAUGGUGAAAAUCCUGGACGCAGUGAAGGGGACGCCAGCUGGAUCGGUGGCACUCAAGGUGCAUCGGAAGGGUGCUGAUGGGGGAUGGACACAGAUUGCUAGCGGAGUGACAGAUGCCGCUGGAGAGAUUCAUAAUCUGAUCACAGAGCAGGAUUUCCCAGCAGGAGUGUAUCACGUUGAGUUUGAUACCAAGGCUUACUGGAAGAAUGAGGGGAGUACACCUUUCCAUGAAGUAGCUGAUGUGGUGUUUGAGGCCCAUGCUGAAGGUCAUCGUCACUACACCUUGGCCUUGCUGCUCAGUCCAUAUUCCUACACCACCACCGCCGUGGUCACAGACACACAUCAGUGAUACACUUGUACCUUUUAUACAGUCUGAUGGAAGUAUUGGGACAGUGAGCCGUUUUCACAAGCACACUGUAAUAUCAAUUCACCUUCAGGAGGCUUUAAAUGUAGCUGUACUGGUUUCAGUGAUUUAGCGGUUACAGCGAUGUGAUGUUCAGUUCUGAAAGUGUUACUUUCACAAACCGUCAAUCUGUAUUUAAUAUUAUUGUAACGGUUAUGUACUAUUUGUGUUCUAUGCAAAGUAUAAGGAGGCUGGCAAUGCAAGUCUUAGCUCACUGUUAGUGUUUUAUUUGAAAGGAAAUUUCUACUAGACAAUAAUGACACAUGCAUAUAACAUUAAUCAUCAGAUAAGUUACAUUCAUUCAGUCACACAAGUCACUGACUCAGUUUCUAGUGCUAUAGUAAUACCUGGCCUCAUCAUGUUACAUUAAAGAUCCCCUCCAAACAUGUCUAAGACAUAUAAAAUACUCUGCUUUCAACAAUCAUUUGUGUCUGAUGUGUUUUUUCCAUUAAAGAAGAAAGUUCAACUACCUAAUAAUCUAUGAAUAUGCAAAUUGUUGAUAUGUAACGUUUUCCUGCUUGGUCCUGCUGUCUCCUACUUCACUGUUAAGUCCAUUCUCAGUGUUUUUGCACUGGAGGCUUCAAGUUUCCACAUCACACUUGUGAAAGUUACAUGCUGGAUCAUGAUUGGCUCUAAACUAGUUGUGACAUCACAAAUCAUACUCAUAAGUACACAACUUAAACUGAGCUUUAAGGUGAGCUCAGAGAAACUUUCCUCCUUCAGAAUAUGAAUGUGAAAAACUCUGCACAUACAUCAUUCUGCACAAAGAACAACAUGGUGAGGUUACAUAAAGCAAAACACUUUUUUGAGUGGGGGAUGGAGGGGAGGGGGCUUUAAAAUCCAAUCGACCUACGCAACGACAUACAGAUUUAAAAUGUGGUACUGUAUAAAAAAAUCCCCAGUCAGAUCUGUAUAUGGUGAGGUAUCAGGAGUGAAAAGGUUGGAUCAGUACAUCCCUACUAGACAAAAAGUCAGCUGUUUGCUUGUGUAGAUUUUAAAUGUCCUCCAUUUGAAUCUAUAGAAAGGUGAUGAAUGAAACUAAAAGUGUUAGUAAGGAGUUGCUCUACCAUGAGUGGCCAGAAGAGCUUCAGUGCUCCUUGCCAUAGAUUCUCCGAAAGAUAAUCCCGCAUUUGAUGUUUUGAUGAUGAUGGGAUGUUCUUUCAUCCCUUUCCAGGAGACUUAACAACCAUUCACAUUUGACUUUAUGCAAACAACUCCAAUAAAUGUUGUUUACACUUGGCCUCAGGUGAC